GCCCUGCCUGGUGACUACCUGUCAGGCGUUGCUGACCGCGUUGGGGUGCGGCUUGAGAAGCUGCUGCUGGACAACCGGGACACACUGAGGGACCCGGACAGCCCCCUGGCGGGCAAGAGGCUCGCAGUCUGCCCCCUGGGGGUGUCGCCGCCAGCACAGGCCGUGGCGCCAGCCCCUGGCCCUGCACUUGACCCUGCCCCCGCCCCGGCCCCUGUGGCUGUCACAAUAUUGCUGGCAGAGCCGUCGCCAUUGGAGUCGCGCGCGACGCAGCUGCGGUCUCUGCUGGGGUUGAGGGCUGCAGUGGACAGGCAAGGGACGCUGGCCUGGUCGGCUGAGAAGGGCGCUGACGCCGGGUACUGCAGCUUCUACGGCAUCACGUGUGACACACAGGGCGACGUGUCGAAGAUUGUGCUAGCCCAGGCCAAGCUGGGGGGGACGCUACCUCCUGCGAGUGUUCUCAAUGGUCUGUCAGCGCUGACAGGGAUCGACCUUGGUGCCACCAGCAUCAGCGGUACCCUGCCCUCAGACUGGGGCGCCCUGGCCCAGCUGGAGGACAUCAGGAUCGGCGGCAACCCCGGCAUCACAGGCUCACUCCUCCCCAGCUGGGCGGGGCUGACGCGCCUAAAGGUCUUAUACCUCAAGUGA